CUCGACGCCCAACUCAAAACCUGCAUAUUAAAUCCAUAUCCUUCUCAUAGAACACGACCGCCUUUUAUACGAAAAAGGCAUUUUCUCGGGCUUCCAAAGUCCCGAAGUCACCAUGUCAACCCCAGACUCAUCAAAGCCCAAACCCCACCGUGUCCUCGCCUGCAUUCUCUGCCAACAACGCAAAGUCAAAUGCGACCGCACUUUUCCCUGUUCAAACUGUACUAAGCAUGGCGUUCAAUGCGUUCCAGCCACUCAGCCUCGACAACGCAGACGACGAUUUCCUGAGCGUGAGUUGCUGGAUAGGUUGAGGAGAUAUGAGGCGUUGAUGAAGCAGAAUAACGUCAAGUUUGAUCCGCUUCACGAUGAUAAUGGUACAGAGAAGAGUUCGCCAAAUGAUUAUAACUCUGAUAGGGAUGAUGAGGGUUCUCAGGGGAGAGCUGAGGGUGUUGCUGAGGUCAAAAAUAUUUGGCAUGCGAUGCGCCAAGGGUAUCGGGACCCUAACGAUAGCUUCUUCGAAACAGCCUUCAGCAACGCCCAAGAUCAGUCCUUCAACAAUGAUGAGCACAUGCUUUUCGGCUCCCGUCAAACAGCCGUAGAGCUCUACACUCUUCACCCAGAACCUGCUCAGCUCUUCAGACUUUGGCAGGUAUACCUCGACAAUGUCAACCCUCUCCUAAAGGUCACGCAUACACCUACUUUGCAAGGUCGUAUUGUGGAAGCUGCAUCGAAUCUUAAAGAAAUCCCUUCGACCUUGGAGGCUCUCAUGUUUGGUAUCUACUGUAUGGCUAUACUUAGUCUUACCGCAGAUGAGUGCCAGACUAUGUUCAAACAACCUAAGGAAGAACUUUCGACAAGGUUUCAGUUUGGAUGUCAGCAGGCGUUGUUAAACAGCAAUUUCCUCCGUACUGAUAGUCGAGACUGCUUGACUGCAUUAUUCCUCUACCUCGUCUCUGUCCGCUCAGCAAGCCACCCAAAGUCCAUCUCAUCAAUGCUCGCCGUCGCAAUGCGCAUCGCCCAAAGAAUGGGUCUUCAAAGCGAAUACAUCAACGCCAGAAGUAGUGUUCUCGAAGCAGAAAUGCGUCGAAGGCUCUGGUGGUCUCUCGUCCUCUUCGACUCCCGAGUUAGCGCCUUGGGAGACCAUAAACCAACAAGUCUAACACCAGGCUGGGAUUGUGCUUUGCCCAUGAAUGUCAGCGAUUCUGAACUUCGAGAGGAGACAAAAACUGCACCAAAAGUCCAAGAGCAAGCUACUGAGGCUGUUUUCGCUAUCGUGAGGAGUGAGCUUGGGGAGUAUAUACGGAAUAGUCCGUUUUAUAUCGCGUUUACGAAUCCGUUGAUGAAGCCGCUGGCUAAGAAGCUUCCCGAAGGUGGAGACGUUGCUUUGGAGAGAAUGCUGGAGGAGAAGUAUCUCAGGUUUUGUGACACUGAUAACCGUCUUCACUACAUGACCCUUUGGACGGCGAGGGGUAGCAUCGCAACAUGCCGCUUGAUGAACGACUUCCUGGUCUAUCUCGAAUCUUCAGCCGAGUACAACCAAGCGAACCACGAAGCGGCAGUAUCAUACGCAAUCGAGUGGCUAGAAUGCGAUACAAAGCUCUCAAGCUCACCACUUACGAAAGGCUUCCGCUGGUUUCUACAACUUUACUUCCCGUUUCCAGCAUACAUUCGCAUUAUUCAGCAUUUGAAGACCCAGCCUUUCAGCAGUAUUACGGAAAGAGGAUGGAAAGUUAUGAACGAUAAUUAUGAAGCUAGAUAUGCCGGAUCAGAAGCCGACAGAUGGCAUCCCAUUUUCAAACCUUUCGCCAACAUUGUUCUUUUUGCUUGGGAUACGGUCAAGAAGGCAUAUGAGCAAGCCGAGAGGGAUAUAGAGACACCAGAGUUGGUGGACUUUAUCAACAGAAAAACCGCGGACAUGUCUCUAGAAGGAAACGAGUCAACUGGGUCGCAAGCUCAGGGGAAUGCUGGAAUGGAUAUGGAUGAUGUGCAGCUUCAGAUGCCGUUUGGUUUUGGUGACCCGGGUAUGUUCUUUAACAUGGGUGGACAACCUGGAUUCGAUGCCGGUACUUCGGCACCGUAUAUGGCUGGCAGUACGCCGUUGACGGUGAAUAUGAAUCAACUGAACUGGAAUUCAAUGAAUUGGGGAGUGGCGAGGAUGGGUGAAAAUGGAAAUUGGUAGAGUGUGUUGAACAGGUUUCGUUAUGCUUUGGCAUGUAUGAGGGAAUAUGAACGAUGAAACUGGAGGUGUUGAGGACAGAUAUGACGCGAACACGAGAUAUUGAGUUAUUUAAUCCGUAGGGGACGGAUAGGUGGACGUUGGAGUGUCCUAAUAUUUAACAGUACAUCACCUCUUUCCAGAAUAAUAGCUAUAUUUUAGUAUAAUGAUAUGGAUUAAUAAUCUUUAUCCAGGCAAUCAUUGUUUCAAGGUAGCAUUAAUCUAUUUAGGUUCAAUAUAA